AUGGUGCCCGCCAAUGACCAGGUGUUUUCCCGGCGCAAUCACCAGAUUCAAGAUGCUAUUGACGGGCAGAAUCUGAAGCAAGCCUUGCAGCUCAUUGAGAAGCGCAUGAAGAAGGGCGAGGAUACUCGUUUUCUAAAGGCAUGGAAAGCACAAAUCCUCCUCAGACAUGCGGAUGAAACCCAUCGCCAGCGCGGUACUACCGAGACACUCGAGUUAUGCAAUGCGGAGCCAGCUAUCACCGAAAUAGAAACUCUAGAAAUUCUCUUCGAAUCGCUUCAAAGAUUGGAAGGAUAUCGGGAUGUCAGGAAUAGUCUUCGGGAAAGGGCAGCGAAAGCGAGCCCUCGCGACUUGAACCUUCAGACGAAAUGGUUCAACUUUGCCUAUGAAAAUUCCGAUUGGAAGUCGGCGCAGAAGUGGUGGAUUUCUCGUCAGGCCGCUAUGAGUCUCCAAAAGAACUUCCCUAAGAACCGGGCAUAUUAUUUCUGGGCCAUAUUUUUGACGCAUAUGGUGGCAGUCGACGAUGAAAGCUCCGAGGCGGAAAAGAAGCUAUUCGGAACCUUAUCAUACCGCAUGAUUUCCAAGGCGGGGGCUGAUGUUCCUGUUGAGCCGACAGAUCUCCUGAGCCAGCCUAGAGCUAUUCAAAAGCCGGAAGAGCUUCGUCUGCUCAUUGAAAUCCUGACAUCACAGGGUCGCCAUGAGGAAGCCUUGCAAAUACUAGACAGUGAAAACCUCGGAAUUCAUUCCCGAAUCGUUCGGGGCGACUCGACGUUCAUCGGUCUCAAGAUGGCCAGUUUUGCGAGUGCAGGCAAUAUGUGGGAUGAGGCAUUUACUUUCGUCCAAAGCCUUUUGACGGUUCCCAGCGAAGAUGAACGUGGCCGGAAACAGUUGUUGGAGCUUGACGACUGGAAUCUAUGGAACUUGUUGUACGAGGCAACCUCAAACUCGACAAGACCUGGAAUCGUCAAAGAGGCAUUAAAACUGGUCGAUCAGUUCCUCGAGUUCGCACCUAAAUCUCGAAAUGCUUGUUUAGUUCGUGUUGAUAUUGUCAACUGUGGUUUGGAAAAGAGCGGCGAGGACGGGCUUGCUGUUUGCCGGCACUUCAUCGAUAACCAUAUCCAUAAGCUCUAUGCCUUCCAAGACGUUCGAAAGCUUGUAGGACAGGACAGAGAGGGCAUGGAGAAGAUGCUCAAAUAUAUCCGAGACAACAAGGAAGGGGGCAAGACACUAGUACCCGAAAUAAACGCUCUAAAACUGGAAUAUUGUCUGUGUAUAUCAGCCCCCGAAAACGCAUCAAAGAAAACCAUCGAGGAAUUUGUUGCGCGAUGCAUGAAACUCUAUGAUAGCUCUCGCCAAACCAAAACGGAAUCGACAGACAACAACUCUGCCACAAUCGAGAGCCAGCCUAGAGAUGACUUGUGCCUUCUCGCAGCUAUGGCCAUCCUACAGUCAGAAAGCACCGAACAAAACCAGGCUCGUGUUCCCGAGACGGCUCUUAUUCGGGCCUCUGGGAUAUUAGAGCAUCUAAUUCAAAGCUCACCACACAAUUAUCCUGCCCAGCUCUUCCUGCUCCGAAUUUACUCUCUUCUUGGGGCAGGCUCCAUGGCAUUGAGCAUGUUCAGUAAAAUGUCCAUCAAACACAUGCAAUACGAAUCCGUUGCUCAUAAUUUCUUCACCCGUCUUGCAAGCAUCCACCCUCAUUCUGCUCCUCCCAUUGAAGGCGCAGAGUACAAGGAUUUUGACCCGCAAUCAGCAUUGGUCGCAGGUCUCAAGUUUUACCGUGGCGCCGAAAUUUCCACAUCGAGAUACCGAACAAGUGGCCUGAACCAGGGCGCAUAUGUGCAUACCAAAGAGCUUGUUGAGCUUGGGCGCCGUUUGUCUAAGAGCAUCUGCCGCAGAAUGUAUGCCUUGGACGUUCGUCGCGCACAACGGCUGGUUGGAGGGGACUCCACCGUAAUGUGGGAUAAAAUUGCUCGCGAUACCUCUCCAGCUGCGGAUCAACGUGACUCAUCGGUUUACAUGAACUGCGAGUUCCCUGGCAAACCUGAUUUCGAAGAGCGGCUACGAGUAGGCCCAAAGCCGAUGACAAACUGGUUGGCCGCAGCCCAGGUCACAGACCAACUGUUUAGCGUGUUGAAAGGAGUCGCCGUGCAGCGGCCGUUAACCCCUGAGAUGGAUCUGACCGCGGCCAGCACACCCUCUGAUACCGCAGCGGAUCAAACACCUAUCGAGAAAGAAAUAGCUUUGAUUAACUGGGAGCUACUCAAGGUAGCAACCUUCAUGGCGGGCUCGAAGGCUACUUCGUCCGAGGAGGCUGACAAUGCACUCGGCAAGUUGGAGGAUUGGCUGAACUUGAAAAAGAGUGACCUUACCCUUGAUGAGAAGAAGCUGGUCCUACUUGGAGAUAUCUGCAUUUCCGUUUUUACGAUUCUCGAGUCUCUCAAGGCAGCAUCGCAGCUGACUUCUCUGGCCUCUCGGAAGGUAUCCAAGACAGUCAAGUUGCCCAAGGAGCGCGUUGAGCGAUUAUCUGCUCUCGUACCUGAAGUGUUUGAACUGAUUCGCGCUAACACGCGCUCUCUGAAGUCGCAUAUUCUUGCGCCGGGCCUGCUUGGAUUGUUGGUAGACUCGAUUUUGUAUGGGAAUGAGUCUGGCAAGUAUGAUCAGGAGCUACAGGAUACCCUCGAUAAGGGCUUGGACAUGUCUAGUCUUGAAAUUUCCUGUCACACAUUGAUGGAGAGCUGGUCAUCCGCGCUCGAAGGUGUGAUGGCGGUCAAGUUGUGA